UAACAGACCACAGUCAGUGAAUGGCCUUUGAUUUGAAUCUGGUUUAUUACUCUGUUGUUAGAAGCAGGACAAAAUUAUUGGAAAAUUUGGAUUUUCAUCCAGACUGGGACAAGUUUUAACUGACAUUGAAGAGAGUUCGCUAUUGAACAUGUUUUGGAUUGGAUAGCAGAAUGACUCAUCAGGGCUGAUGGCUUUCAUGUACCAGGUUGGCAGAAUAGAAAGUCUGGAUAAUGGAACACAUCCUAAAAUGAAUGGACUGAAUUGAUCUUCAUGGUUGUUGAAAGCAUUUAAAUGUCACAAGCUAUUCAAAUCAUUAUGUUUGGAGUGUGUUCAGAGUUUAGAUUAGAAAUCUAGUAUCUACCAAGGAAUAAGACGCCUCGUUGCUUUAUAUACAGAAGAUGCUGUUAGAAGAUUUUUGCGUCACGAUUUUCUGGGAUUAAAUUCUACGAAGUGAUUUCACGUUUGAAUCUGGACAUCUAAAUCAUAUACAGCACAUGUGGACACAAUUAUAGAUUUUUUUUUUGUCGUAGUAAUUUUUUUUUUUAUAUUUAUAUAAAUUAUUGUGAUUACGAAAACAUAAAGAUGUGUUACGUGAUCAUCACAUGCCGUUCGAUGGGAUGGACUUUACUGUCCAUCGCCGUUGCGUUAAUCAUCGUCACAUCAGUUGUCUCCCCUUACUGGCUGAUCGGAAUACCAACAAGUUACGGACUUGAAUCACAAAAUGAGAGCGCUCAACGGACUAGAGAAGAAUUCAUUCCAACGGUUGGAAUAUUUAAUCGGUGUCGAAAGUUACAGAGAGGAUUAAGUCUAAUGAAGCGUGAAAAUUGUGCGACAUUCGUGACAGGAUACACGGAUCCGGAUGACGAUUUCCCACAUGCUUGGAAGGCAGCUCUAGUGUUCUUCGCCUUGGCAGGAUUACUGCUAAGUUUUUCCAUGAUCCUGGCUGUGUUGAGUUUGUUUGUGAGAUCAUUCUUCGGAAAAAGUAUAUUCACCAUAGCCGGCCUUGUACAGAGUAUAGCAGGUUUACUAAGUGUCCUUGGACUGGUGGUUUAUCCAGCAGGUUGGGGAUCAGACAGGAUAAACAGACUCUGUGGAGAAUAUGCCAAUCCAUACAUCAUUGACCGAUGUGAGCUAGGAUGGUCGUUUUAUUUGUGUGUCGUCGGAACAGUCCUUGUGUUUCUCUGCUCCAUUCUUUCCAUCCAAGCGGAUCAUUCCACUACAAGCAGAAAAGUUGAAGAAGAAGUGCUGGAAGGAAAAAAUCUCAUAUGUGUCAUAUAAAAUCCUUAAAAAACCCCGAAAAACUGUAUGUGUCAUAGCUUGUAAAGAUUUAACGUAAAUAUAGCUAUAUAGAUAAAAUUAGUACGUAUUCGUGUGUGUGUUUUUUUAAUGUUAUACAUUUUUCAUCAAUUUCAUACAUUUUUGUGUUGUAUAUUUUUCAAUUAUUUAGAGCAAGUUAAGAAUGAUUGUUGGGACACCUGUACUGUCCAUACCAUUGUUUUUGUUGGUAUCUCUUGUAAUGUAUCUUUAUAUGGCAAUAAAAUAGUGUGGUCUUCUUAACGAGAUAAUGAUUUUAACUUAGGGUUGUGCUCAGACUGGAAAGACUUCAAAAAUGUUGGUGUCUUAAGCAGAUAGUAUUUACUCUAAACCUGGGUGAAAUCUCGAGCUGGAUAGACUUUACACUAUAAAAUGUUAGUGUCUUAAGCAGAUAGUAUAUACUCUAAAACUGGGUGAUGUCUCCAGCUGGAUAGACUUUACACUAUAAAAUGUUAGUGUCUUGAACAGAUAGUAUAUACUCUAAAACUGGGUGAUGUCUCCAGCUGGAUAGACUUUACACUAUAAAAUGUUGGUGUCUUGAACAGAUAGUGUUUACUCUAAAUUUUGAUAGCCUGUACUAUAUAUAUAUAAGGUUGGUGUUUCUAGCUAAAUAGUAGUUACUAUAGAUUUGAGUUGUGUCAUGAGCUAUAUUAAGGUUGGUGACUUGAGCUUGAUAGAUUUUGCUAAUUGUAUAUCAUGCUAAAGAGAAUUCAUUAUAAAUGAAGGUUGUGUCACCUGCUAUAUAGUGGAUAAAAUUUACUAUAAAUCUAUAAAUGUGGUGUAUCGAGCUGUACUGAUUUCUAUCCCAAAAUUUAGUACAUAGCUUUCUAUUUUAGGCAAAGGGAGAUAACUCUCAUAGCUUCUUGUCACAGAUUAUCUGCUCCAUUAUAAUUUUUCCAAUAUUUUUCUUGGUUUAUUUUUGUUUUUAGUGGGUGUUUACCACUAAUUCUAUAUUUUGUCAUAACAAAUAAACUCCUAAACUGACCAAUCACUGACAUGUUUUUGUGCUAUAUAUUUU